GACCAUCAACCGGCACAGAAAUUACUAGCUGCCCUAGUUAUAUUUUAACACCUUUAUCGAUUACACGACAAUUUCUAUAAAAAAAGAUCUUGUGCGUCAGUUCUUGGAGAGAAAGAUCAGUGCUUGGUUUGUUAAAAGCGAGGAAGAAUCACGAAUGAAACUGGUCAGUGUUGAGGAUCGACGUUAAUAAAACUUAUUAAGAUGUACGAAAAGGGGAAGAAGUGAGAUUGUUAGUAGGCGCGGAAAGAAAAAGAAGGGAUUGUGACUUGUCAUUGGUCGCUAGUUAAAGCGUCGCAGGCGAUCAAGAUAUUGAUAUCAUCCCCAGUCCAGCGGGACUGCACCAAAGCUAAUAUUUUAAAGACAAGGAACAUCACGGUCUUUACUUUGCCCAUUUGCCUAUCUUCUAAGUACAAACCGAUUAAUCUUCGGCGAGACGUGUCGUCGCGAUGUCGUUCACUGGUCCGCCCACGAAACAAGCGAGAGUGUCGUCAAACGAUAAUAACAAUUCGUCAUCCUCCGCGCGCAACACUGAACAAUUAUCUUCACAAGACGAGCAAUUUUUAACAAAAGAAGAACGCUUGAACAACGAAUAUUUCGAUUACUUCGAUAAAACGCUUACAGACUUGUUGAUGCAGCAAAAAACGACAUUGGAAUUAAAUGGGGAAAUGUGGAAAAAACUGCAACAACGAGAGAGCGAGUGCGCAAAAUUGACUCAAGAAAUACAACAAGAACGACUACGAAGGGAUCAACAAAUCAAAGAGAAGAAUAAUGAAAUAUCUUUGUUACGGAAGCAACUUGCGCAAAUGAGGGACAGAAUGACAAAAUUUCACAAAAGAUGUCUCGACGUUAAUACAUCUGACACACAGUGCGAUGCAAAUCGCGGGAGUGUUGCGUCUCAUCUUUUGACAUCACAUCCAUCGGCGGCGAAUGCGGUACAGAACAAUAACGUUGUCAUUGCUUCGCCAUCGAUGCCUGAUCUCAAUGAAUCUAAUAAGUUUAUCGAUAGAACGACUAAAGAGAGCAAAAAGCGAUUACGUUAGCACUGAGGAGACAGUUAUCGAAGGAUUUAUUAAUGAAAAUGGCAGGAUCGACGCAAUAAUUUGGUGAAACUGAAAUUUUUGAUAACGAGAGGCAGAAUAAACGAAAGACGAGUAAAAAUAUCGAUAAAAGCGAUUCAUUUUGGAUACGGAAAACAAAGUAAUGGUUACAAUUAAUUGUAUUCACCCAAAAAAAAAAUAAUUUUAAUAUUAGUGGAAUCCGCUAAAUCUUAGAGGAUUUUAUUCAUGUAUAUGGCCUCAAGAGGAAUUCUCUGAAAUUAAGAAGAAAAUAUUCUGUGCACAAUAUUCUAAUAGUUAGAAUAAAUUCGUCUUACAGUAC